AUGUAUCAAUCUUCACCUUCACCCUCUUCAACGGAGGAAAGGAAAGGAGAUCCUAGAUUCUAUCUUCUUUCUGCCUUCUUCUUCUCUUGUAUUGUCACUGGUGGAUUGUUUCUUGGUCUUUACAUUUUCCUUCCACCAGAUGAAACCCAACCCUGGUAUCCCAUUCCAGGAUUGAUUCUUAUGUAUCAGACCCAAAAAUGCACAAAUCAUCUUUGCAAAUCCAUCCCAAGAUCCACAUCUGGUGAAUCCCAGAUGCAUUCCCUUAAUGAUGUUCAAGAAUAUUGCACUAAAGAGCAUUCUAGUAAUGACGGUAGAGGCCAUGUACAUUCUGAAGGUGUUAUUGUAAUUAGAGAAUAUGAGGAAGAUGAUCAUGAGAAUAACAGCAGAAAUGAUGAUGGCGAUGAUAACAUGAAGGCUCAGAAGCCGAGUGCGGAAGUAGCAGGUCAUCAUUGCAGGAAGAAGAGAAGAUGGUUGAUUCUAGUGGAGAGAAGUUAG